AUGGAAACAAAAACUCUUGUCAUGGAAGUUCUAGAAGCUAGAUCUCUUUCUCCAUCUGAUAUUAAUGGAUGGUCUGAUCCACUCGCAGUAGUUUAUCUAGGAAAAAAGAAAAUUGGCAAAACAAAAUAUAUUUCUCGCACUUUAAACCCUCAAUGGAAUGUUCGCAUUGAACGUGCUGAUGUUGAUAUAGCAGAAGAUAUUCGAGUUGAGAUCUGCGAUCACGAUGUCGUUGCUUCCGAUGUAUUAGGCGCUGUACAAAUUUCCUUGCUUCAAUUCGCUGAUGGUCGCUGGACAAAUCAGUGGUAUAGGCUUAUGGAUGAUAAAAAUCAUCCAGUUUCCGGCUACGUCCGCCUGAAAAUUCAAUUAGUUGAUAAUCCUGAGUAUGCCUUCAGAGAUAUGGAUCACAAUACAAAGCCAGAAGAAGAUGAUGAGAAGAAGCGCCAGGAAGCUAAGGAAGCUGCAGUUGAAAGAAGAAGAAUGCUUAUGAAACAACAUAUUGAAAUGGAACAACAGGCAGUUCACAUUCAACAAUUCAAGCAACAGCAAGAUGAAAACAGUAAGAUGAGAAAACAAGAUCCACAAUUUGUUGGAAAUUACGAUCAAUCUCAACCUCAUUGA